GGUGGCAGAGGAAGGGAAAGACCAGCAGAGAGGAAAGAGAAAGGGAACUGGAGGAAAAGAGAAAGUGAGGAGAAGCGAAAGGGACGGAGACUGGGAGGAAAUAACAAUCAUGGCAGGACAGGGUGGAGAGAGAGAGUGAGAGGAAACAGAGACGGCAAGAGGAGAGAGGAGGUGGGAAGGGCUGAGAGAGGCGCUCAGGCACAGGCUCUGAACCUGAGAGGAAAAGCUUGGGGCUGAAGCAAGCCUGGGAAGAGACUAGAAGAGACAGAGGGGAGAGAGAAAUAGAAGGUGAGGCUGGGAAAGAGGUGAUCUCAAAGAAAAGUUGAGUGCAAGAAGGAAAGAGAGAAAGGAGAGAGGAAGAAAACACAAGACAGCAGACAAAGGGUAAAAGGUGAGGGCAGAAUCAGGUGAGGAGAGAGACCCAGAGCUAUCAGGCCCAGCUCUUGAGAGACCAAGAAGGGGGAGACUGCGACUGGCACCCCUCACCCACAGCAUCUCUCCCUGUCCCGGGGACCCCAGAGUGGGUUUCCUUGGACCUCUGAGCCUCUGACCCGGUCUCGGUCACCAUCCCCAGCUGAGCUGGCCUUGGGGACUCAGCCACUCUGUCCCCAGAGCCGAAUGGAGGACGGCCGACCGUGGAGCAGCCUCAGCCUGGCCAGCAGUGCCUCCACCAUCUCUUCGCUCAGCACCCUGAGCGCCAAGCAGACGCCCACGCGGGCGGUAAACAAGGUCCAUGCCUUUGGGAAGAGGAACAAUGCGCUCAGAAGGGACCCCAACCUGCCCGUGCACAUCCGAGGCUGGCUUCACAAGCAGGACAGCUCUGGGCUUCGGCUCUGGAAGCGCCGCUGGUUUGUCCUCUCUGGCCACUGCCUCUUCUAUUACAAGGACAGUCGCGAGGAGUGUGUGCUGGGCAGUGUCCUGCUUCCCAGCUACAGCGUUCGGCCAGAUGGACCCGGAGCCCCCCGGGGGCGGCGCUUCACUUUCACCGCUGAGCACCCGGGCAUGAGGACCUACGUCCUUGCGGCUGACACCUUGGAGGACCUGCGGGGAUGGCUGCGCGCACUGGGCCGGGCCUCCCGCGCGGAGGGCGAUGACUGUGGGCCAUCUAGGUCACCUCCUCGUCCCCAGCCUGGGGAGGGCCCUGGUGGCCCGGGGGGUCCCCCAGAGGUGAGCAAAGGAGAAGAGGGGCGCAUCUCGGAAUCACCAGAGGUGGCUCGGUUCUCCAGAGGUCGUGGCCAACCCGGACUACUGGCUCCCAGCCCCACCGCAGACCUCCAGUCUGGACCCAGGGUUUGCAGGACCAGAAGCCCAGACCCGUUUGCACCCCUCUCUCGCCCGCCUUCCCCGCUGAACCUUCCCCGUCCCCGAUCUGCUCCAGCGCGGCGACCCCCGCCCUCAGGAGACACAGCGCUCCCUCCCCGACCUCACACGCCCUUGAGUCGCAUUGAUGUCCGGCCUCCUCUUGAUUGGGGACCCCAACGACAGACCCUAUCCCGGACCCUCACACCCCGCAGAGGACCAUCCUCUGAAGCUGGAGGAGGACGGCGUCCCAGGAGCCCCCAAAACUGGAGUCAGGAACCCAGAAUAAAGGCCCCCCCUGGUUCCUCCACUUAUCUCCAGCUCCCCCCAAGACACCCUGGGACCCGGGCCUCCAUGGUUUUAUUGCCAGGUCCACCCCUGGACUCAACCUUCCAGCAAAGCUUGGAGACAGAUAGCCUGCUGACCAAGCUAUGUGGGCAGGAUCGGCUCCUGAGGAGGCUGCAGGAGGACAUCGACCAGAAGCAGGAGGAGAAGGAGCAGCUGGAAGCCGCCCUGGAGCUCACCAGGCAGCAGCUGGGCCAAACCACCAGGGAGGCUGCAGCUCCCGGCCGGGCCUGGGGUCGCCAGCGCCUCCUGCAGGACCGCCUGGUCAGCGUGAGGGCCGCCCUCUGUCAUCUGACUCAGGAGCGAGAGCGGAUUUGGGCCACAUACAGAGGCCUGGAGCAGGAGCUGGGCACCUUGCGAGAGACCCUGGAGUACCUGCUGCACCUUGGUUCCCCCCAGGACAGGGCCGCGGCUCAGCAGCAGCUGUGGAUGGUGGAGGACACGCUGGCAGGGCUGGGGAGCCCCCAGAAGCCGCGCCCCCACACUGAGCCUGAACCUCCUACCCCUGCAUUCCAAGGCGAGGAGUCCUCUGAGAGGGAGAGCCUGCCUGAGUCCCUGGAACUCAGCUCCCCUCAAUUGCCUGAGGCUGACUGGGGCCGGCCCCCUGGAGGUGACAGAGACCUUGGCAGCCCACGCUCAGGCCUGGCAUCUCCCAGGGUCUCCCGGGCUUCCAGCCCUGAGGGUCAUCGUCCCUCCUCCCCACUGCUGGGGAUCAAGGGUCCUACGGCCCGGCCCAGGAUGAGUGCCCAGGAGCAGCUGGAGCGCAUGCGCAGGAACCAGGACAGUGGACGGCCCCUCCUGCGCCCUGCUUCCCCCCGACUCCUUACCCUGGGGAGGACGCUGUCCCCAGCCAGACACCAGCCUGACGCAGAGCAGAGGGCUGUCCUAGGAGCUGCAAAGUUGCUCAGAAGCUCAGGGUCCUGGAGCAGUCCCAGGAACACUAGCCAUUACUUGACCACAUCCGACGGCCACAGGGAGCAGGUCCUCAGCCUGUCCCAAGCCCUGGCCACUGAGGCGUCGCAGUGGCGCAAACUGAUGACAGCUUCUCCAGGUGGGAAUUUGGACUGUCGCGAAGGCCCUAUCCCUUCUGUUGCUCAGUCGGACCCCAGGCCCCAGGUCACCUCGCCUCCGAGAUCCCCCGCAGUGACUGAUUCCUCCGAUUCCACUGGAUUCUCUGGGCGCAAAAGUGAGCGAGGUGGAGGUCCGUCUCCCUGGGAUCCCACGUGGGACUCGGGGAACGCCCCUCCAGCCGCCAGUCAGGACGACGGGGCGUGGCCUCUGAGGGUCACUCUGCUGCAGUCCAGUUUCUGACCUGCUUCGCCGAGGGGGCGUGGCCUGUGGCACCGCCUGGAUAUCUGUGGCCACUCAGAGCACCUGGGGGCGUGGUCUGGUCUCCACCUGUGUGGCCUGGGGAGGUGCCUGGUUUAUAUCGGUUAAAUUUGGUUUUGCCCACUGUCCAAAUUUGGAUUAAAACUUUGAACUUUCA